AAUGGCAAGUCAGGAAAUGGAGAGAAGAUGGACCUGAUGCAAAGGAUUAAAGGUGCUUUUCCAUCUGUGCCGUCAUUUUCAGUACCAUCCAAAUCAAAUAUACCAUUCAUCACUGAUUCACCAGAUGAAGCCGUUAAAACAGACACUAAAAGUUUACUUCCAAAAACACCACAAUCUGAAAAGGAACCUACCCCAUCCAAAAAAGGUGCUGUACAAAAAACUGCACCUGUAGCAGAGGAUAAAGCAAAGGGGGCAGAAGCAGAGAAAGCAAAGAAGCAAAUAGAAGAAAGAGAAGCUAUAAGACAAAAAGAAAAAGAAGCUAAAGAAAGGGAAGCAAAACUUAUUGAACAAGAAAUUGAUGAAGCUGCAGAUGAGGCUGCUAUGCAUGCAAUAAUAGAUUCAAUGUUAGACUCCUGUGUUGGUGUUUCACAUCGUGCUAUUGAUUCUCAGCAUUAUGCCUUAGACGCUAUUCAGAUACACAGUGAUCAACUUAAAUAUGCCAUGGAUGAUUCCAAAGCAAAAACGUCAGAAGAAAAACAGAUGCAGUGGGAGUCUGUGACUGGAGCACUAGAUGCUAAGAAGGAUGCUAUUGCUGUGGCUGAUUUAGAUUUAGACACAGCAAAAAUGGGAACCAGUCAGUCAAAAUGCACCCAAAGAACUUCCUUGGCAACAUUCCUUAAAUCAGAUGAAUUAAAAUCUGAUAUAGACGGCGAACUUUCCAAGUAUGACUUCCCAUUUGAAAAUCUAGUUCUAGAAGGUGGAGGCACUAAGGGAAUCGCGUAUGCAGGUGUGACAAAGGUUUUAAUGAAUACCGGUAUGUGGCCUAAAAUAAAACGAUUUGCCGGUACAAGCAUUGGAGCCAUGUUUGCUGCUAUGUAUGCUGUGGGAUACCAUCCAGAUGAGGCCGCCAUUAUUAUGGACCAAGAACUAACUUCAGUCUUAUUGGACCAUUCAUACGGCUAUCUGAGUCUCAUUCCAAAUGUAAUUCGAUGGUAUGGAUGGAACCCUGGAGAGAGACUACUGGAAUGGUUUGGAAAAAAAUUUGAAUACAAAACCGGUAACAAAGAUAUUACCUUCAAAGAGGUAUUUGACAAAUUUGGAAAGGAACUGUGUGUAGUGAUAUGUAACGUAAAUCGAAUGGACGCACAGUAUUGCCACGUGAAAACCACACCCAACAUGUCAGUGAGAUUGGCAGUCAGAAUGUCAAUGUCUAUUCCAGGGUGGUGGCUAUCUAUGAAGAAACAAGACAGUUUUCUUCUCCGUUUGCAACCGUUGAAAGAUCUAUGCAAGCUGUGGAAGAGAGAAGAGCGAUUUGGUGAAUACAAUCCUCUCACACUGGGCGUGUUGACGUAUUGCGAGAAUGACCCUGAAGUAUAUGAAGAUCUAAUGACUGCUGAUGAAUCAAGUCCUACAAAAAGACCAAGCACAAAGUUAGCCAGGAAAAAAACUGAAUCUGAGCAGGAGACCAAGAAAAUAGAAGGAGAAUUCACCAAGAUAGCCACAGCCUUCAGUAAAUUCUUACGAGCCAUAGAUGAAAAUGACCUAGACAAGAAUAAUACUCUUGACAAAGAUGAGUUGAAAAAACUGUUGAAUAAUAGUAAGACUUUUACAAAGAAGGACGCAAAGCUAUUAUUUGGUGGUGAUUAUGAGCCUGAAACUGUGUUUGAUGAUUUGGACAGAAAUCAUAAUGGAAAGAUUGACAUGGUAGAAUUGGUGAAAUUUGCUGAACAAAAAGGAAUUGACUUGUACAACAACUUUAUCAGCUAUGACAGAGUAGAAAUAACCAAUGUAGGAGAAUUCAUGAGUAAAUUGAUCACAACAAUGACCGUGAAUCUGAAACGUCUUUUCUAUACGGAGAAGGAUAUAAAUCGCACUAUUGCUAUUAAUGUAGACUACCUUGGAACUCUGGACUUGGAUGCUGAAAUAGGGGAUAAGAUGUUUGCAAUUAAGCAAGGGGCAAAGUCUACGAGAUGCUUUCUACAACAAUACGUAAAGAGACACGAGUUAUUAACUGGACUGGUUUAUCAACGUGUGAAACAGUCUACAUAAGUUUUCGAGAUGUCAGUUUUAGUUUUAGCAACAUAUGACAUCAUUAUUUAAGAACGUAUCAUACUUUGAG